AUGGCAGCUCAGUGUGCCCAAAUACACACCCCCAGUGAGCACCAGAAGCCCCCGAAGGUCAUGUCAAAUAUAAAGGCGACCCCACCCCCAAAGAACAUCUGCCAACCGUUCACGCUUCGGUUAAUUCUUGGGGUUCCUAUCCUGAAGGAGGAUAACAAGGUUGCCAGUGAAUUGGCUAGGGCGCAUAUCGUUAUUGGCGUAAAUGCCGUUGUGAAACGCCUGGAGGAUAGUGCUCGUGACAAUUCCUAUACCACCACAGACUUCGCGGUCGUCUUCCUUGAUUUCGCCUGGCUUAACUCGCAGCUGGGACAUCACCUUGCACACCUCUGCUCGACAACUCCACACACGAGUCUGGUAGCAGUCUCGCCACCAGGGAAACUCGCGCAAAUCCUUUCCUCUCCUAAACAAACAUUUUCCAGGGUUGCCUGCAUCGGAGUGCGUCCACUGUUUGCGCCGCACACCUCUCAUUUCCCGCGCCUACAUGAAUGCCUGAAGAUCUGCUCCUCUCUCGCUGGCAAGCCUUUGCCUCCGGAUCCGGCUACGGGCUGCAGCGCUAAUGUGGCACUCGCAAUGCCCCAGUACGUACCCAUCCUGCCCAAACCCACCACCACCAACACCUCCGGCCUCAGCUCUAUGCCCCAACUUUCUAGUUUCCUCACGCAGGCCCCGCAGGAAUCUACACCCACCAUUCUGCCAGCCAAGGCCCUAUCGCAAUCCAGUGUCGCUCACACGCAGAUAUCCAAGGCAGCACAGGGCCCACCAAAACCAACUCCACCGCGCCCAGCUGUACGGCACAUUCCGGCAGACGAUUGGCUGACCUAUAAGCUGGAUCAUGCCAAACUCUACAAGUGCGGUUCGGACAUAUCCAAGGAGCUGGAGGAUCACAGCCUGUACAUCCAUGACGUGGCUGACAUCUGGGGUCUCUAUCCGCGACACUUCCAGAAGCUGGAGACCCGUCGACCUCCCAUGAAAAAAAUCAAGGCUCCAAAGGCACCUUCCCUGCCGCCCCCACCACCGCCACCACCACCCACGCGCAAACAAGAAAGCGGCUACUCAGACGCCUACCUCGAGUCUCCGCGACGUUUGACUCGAGAGGAACGAAUGUAUCGGAAACAGUUGCAGAUCCAGAGGCGAAGCAGGCACAACCCGCGUCGAUCUCCCCGGAGCUAUGCUUCUCGGAUGGAUCCCUAUUAG